GCAGGCGCCGUAUGCGAUCACGCCAAGCGCGGGAAGCGGCCCUGAGUGAGCUGGCUUCUGGCUUUUCACAGUCACAGAGGUCCGGUCCGCUGGGUAAGUAAAGGAAAAGAUGCCUGCCACACAGAAGCCUAUGAGAUAUGGACACACAGAGGGACACACAGAUGUCUGUUUUGAUGAUUCUGGGAGCUGUAUUGUAACUUGUGGAAGUGAUGGUGAUGUGAGGAUUUGGGAAGACUUGGAUGAUGAUGAUCCUAAGUCCAUUAAUGUUGGAGAAAAGGCAUAUUCAUGUGCUUUGAAGAAUGGGAAACUGGUCACUGCAGUAUCUAACAAUACUAUUCAGGUGCACACAUUUCCUGAAGGAGUUCCAGAUGGUAUAUUAACUCGCUUUACUACAAAUGCAAACCAUGUGAUCUUUAAUGAGGACGGUACAAAAAUUGCUGCUGGGUCUAGUGAUUUUCUAGUCAAAGUUGUGGAUGUGAUGGAUUGCAGCCAACAGAAAACAUUUCGAGGACAUGAUGCCCCUGUUUUAAGUCUUUCCUUUGACCCUAAGGACAUCUUUCUGGCGUCAUCUAGUUGUGAUGGAUCUGUCAAAGUGUGGCAAAUUUCAGAUCAGAUAUGUGCUAUUAGUUGGCCACUUUUACAAAAAUGCAACGAUGUGAUAAAUGCAAAAUCAAUCUGCAGACUUGCUUGGCAGCCAAAAAGUGGGAAGUUAUUGGCAGUUCCUGUGGAAAAAUCUGUUAAGCUAUAUAGAAGAGAAACUUGGAGCAAUCAGUUUGAUCUUUCAGAUAAUUUCAUCUCUCAGACCCUUAAUAUAGUAACCUGGUCUCCUUGUGGACAGUAUUUAGCUGCAGGGAGUAUUAAUGGUUUAAUUAUAGUUUGGAAUGUGGAAACCAAAGAUUGCAUGGAAAGGGUUAAACAUGAGAAAGGUUAUGCAAUUUGUGGCCUGUCAUGGCAUCCUACUUGUGGUCAAAUAGCUUAUACGGAUGCAGAAGGAAAUCUUGGACUACUGGAGAAUGUUUGUGAUCCUAAUGGAAAGAUGUCAGGCAGUAAGGUAUCUAGCAGAGUGGAAAGGGAUUACAGUGAUCUUUUUGAUGGAGAUGAUACAGGAAAUGUUGGUGAUUUUCCAAAUGACCGUGCAGUCGAAACCCACUCUUUUUCAAAAGAAACUAGAAAUGAUGAGGAAGAUGAUGAUGACCUCAUGCUGGCUUCAGGUCGUCCUAGACAACGAAGUCACAUCCUAGAAGAUGAUGAGAACUCAGUUGAUGUUACAAUGCUAAAAACUGGUUCUAGUCUUCUCAAGGAGGAGGAGGAAGAUGAUCAAGCAGGCAACAUUCACAGUCUACCACUUAUAACAUCUCAAAAGCCGUUUUAUGAUGGUCCUAUGCCAACUCCCCGGCAGAAGCCAUUCCAGUCAGGUUCUACACCCUUGCAUCUCACUCACAGAUUCAUGGUGUGGAAUUCUAUUGGAAUUAUUCGCUGCUAUAACGAUGAGCAAGACAAUGCCAUAGAUGUGGAGUUCCAUGAUACCUCCAUACACCAUGCAACACACUUAUCAAACACUUUGAAUUAUACAGUAGCCGAUCUUUCCCAUGAAGCUAUUUUGUUGGCAUGUGAGAGCACUGAUGAACUAGCAAGCAAGCUUCACUGCCUGCACUUUAGUUCUUGGGAUUCAAGCAAAGAGUGGAUUGUAGACAUGCCUCCGAAUGAGGAUAUUGAAGCCAUAUGUCUUGGUCAGGGAUGGGCUGCUGCUGCCACCAGCUCCUUGCUCCUUCGCUUGUUUACCAUUGGAGGUGUUCAGAAAGAGGUCUUCAGUCUCCCUGGACCUGUGGUGUCAAUGGCAGGACAUGGAGAACAGCUUAUCAUUGUUUAUCACAGAGGUACAGGAUUUGAUGGGGAUCAGUGCCUUGGAAUUCAACUACUACAGCUGGGAAAAAAGAAAAAACAAAUCUUACAUGGUGAUCCUCUUCCUCUUACAAGGAAAUCCUACCUUGUAUGGCUUGGAUUUUCAGCUGAAGGUACCCCAUGUUAUGUGGAUUCAGAAGGCAUUGUUCGAAUGCUUAACAGAGGACUUGGUUAUACAUGGACUCCCAUAUGUAACACAAGAGAACACUGCAAAGGAAAAUCUGAUCACUACUGGGUGGUUGGUAUCCAUGAAAAUCCCCAGCAUCUCCGGUGCAUUCCUUGCAAAGGUUCUCGAUUUCCUCCCACCCUUCCACGCCCUGCUAUAGCUGUGUUAUCCUUUAAGCUUCCUUACUGCCAGACUGGUACAGAGAAAGGGCAAAUGGAGGAACAAUAUUGGCGUUCAGUUUUGUUUCACAACCAUCUUGAUUAUUUAGCUAAAAGUGGUUAUGAAUAUGAAGAGAGUACUAAAAAUCAAGCAAUAAAAGAACAACAGGAACUUUUAAUGAAAAUGCUUGCGCUUUCUUGUAAACUAGAGCGGGAAUUUCGAUGUGUGGAACUUGCAGAUCUAAUGACUCAGAAUGCUGUGAAUUUAGCCAUUAAAUAUGCUUCUCGUUCUCGGAGAUUAAUAUUGGCCCAAAAACUUAGUGAAUUGGCUGUAGAGAAGGCAGCAGAAUUGGCAGCACCCCAAGCUGAAGAAGAGGAAGAGGAAGAAGAGGAUUUCAGAAAAAAGUUGAAUGCUGGUUAUAGUAAUACUCCUACAGAGUGGAGUCAGCCAAGGCUCAGAAAUCAAGUUGAAGAAGAUACAGAGGACACUGAGGAGGUUGAUGAUAUAGAAGAAAAACCAGAAAUACACAAACAUAGACAGAACCCAUUUUUUAAAAGUGCAGAUUCCACUGAUGUGCCAGCUAUUAAGUCAGGUGCAGUUACCUCCAGCAGCCAAGGACGAAUAAACCCCUUCAAGGUAUCAAGCAGUUCCAAAGAGCCAGCCAGUUCAUUCAGUUCAGUACGUUCAACUAAUAUUUUAGACAAUAUGAACAAAUCCAAGAAAUCUGCACUUAAUCGAGCCACAAAUAAUGAAAAAUCUCCAGUUAUAAAGCCUUUGGUUCCAAAGCCAAAGUCUAAGCAGGCAUCAGCAGCAUCGUUUUUCCAGAAAAGAACUUCCCAAACUGAUAAGACUGAGGAAAUAAAGGAAGAAAAUACUAAGAAUUCAUCAUCUGAAACUCCCACUGUAUGUCCUCAAAACACUGAAAACCAAAGGCCAAAGACUGGGUUCCAGAUGUGGCUGGAAGAAAACAGAAGUAAUAUUUUGUCAGACAAUCCUGACUUUUCAGAUGAAGCAGACAUAAUAAAAGAAGGAAUGGUUCGAUUUAGAGUAUUGUCAGCUGAAGAAAGGAAGGCUUGGGCUGCCAAGGCCAAAGGAGGAAUUGCAAGUGAUGGAGCUGAAGAAAAGAAGCGAAAACGUGUGGUCGAUGAAAGUCAUGAAACUGAAAACCAGGAAGAAAAAAUGAAGGAGAAUCUGAAUUUGCCUAAAAAGCAAAAGCCUUUAAAUCUUUCUGCAAAUCAGAAAUUGUCAGCUUUUGCGUUUAAGCAGGAAUAGAGUAAGAAAGUGAACUUAGGAAAGUAAUGGAUUUUUUUACUCAUCUUUGAUGAAUCUGGACCUUUUAAAAAAUUCUUGAGAAAACUCAUAUAUUUUUAGAAGUUUAAAGACUCCUGUUUGUCUUUAUAAGAAGAUAAUGUAGUAAUUAUAAUGGUGUAGGUAAUAGGGCAUUUGUAAAAACUAUCUUCUCUACAGAUGCUCUGCCCACAAAUGGAGGGCCAUUUGGAAACAUCAUGAUCAUAGUCAGUGACUGGAGGCCACUGAUAUGUCCCAUUGGAAGCCAAUUUGAUUUGUUUCUUAAAAAUCAUCAAAGCCAAGAUCUAAACCUCUGAGCAUUGAAGUAUCUUCUAGGGUUUUAUUCGUCUGGUUAUGUCUUGUACUGGAACGUACAGCAGAAGUCCUCUUCCCAAGUGUGUUACCAUAGACAACUCUAUGUCUAUACUAGACAUAGGGGACCAUGUUUUUUUGAUAUGGGCCCUAAAUAUGUAAAUAAUUUUGUAGAUGAGACCUUUUGUUUAUUCUGGCAGUUUCUUCAUAUAUGCCUUUCAGUUGUCUAUUUGUGUAGCCUUUUUUAAAAAAAAAUAAAACCUUCAUAUUUCUGUA